AAAACGUUCGUUUUGACUUUCCGUUGAAAAUUGCACUCAUAAAAACAAAAAUAAAUGUUAUUUAGUGUUCGAGUUGUUUCAUUUUUAGAAAAAAUGUUGCAAAUAUUUUCAUAUAUAUUUCAAAUAUAUUUCAUUUUUGAUGAAUUCCGGUUUUAUUCUAGAUGUAUUUUCUCUAAAAAUUCGACACUUUUUAAGAGUAGGGCGGAUCGACCAAGUUCACUAGUCGUUUGCGAUUUAGAUAUUCUUGAGGUGUUUAGUAGAUGUUUGAGGCAUCCCACUAAUAAUGAAAUUUUAACUCACUAUGUUUAUAAAUGAAUAUCUACAGACGUAUAUAAAGUUGUCUUCGAGUGGUAUCCCAAACCUGAAUUUGGCUUCUAUGAGAUAUCCCAGAAUUGCUUGUGAACAUAAAUAAAGUUCUCUUCAUUGCAUAUGUAUAGAUAUGAACGCAUUUAUGAAGUAUACAGAAAUUACAUAAGGACAGAUAUAAACGCAUUCUCGAAGUAUGGCGAAAUUAUACAUGCAAAGAAAUAAACGCAUUCGCGAGGAAAACCGAAAUUAUACAUGCAAUGAAAUAAACGCAUUUGCAAAGAAUACCGAAAUUGCAUAAUAUGUAAAGGAAUAAACGCAUCUGCCAAGAAUAAAAAAAAAUGCAUAUGCUCGGAAUAAAAUGCAUUUGUGAAUUAUCCCGAAAUUACAUAUCAAUGAAAUAAACACAUUCGCGAGCAAUAUCAAAAUAACAUAUGAAUAGAAAACAAAUACAUCUGCGAGGUACACCGAAAUUACAUUUGUACAAAGAUAAACGUACUACCCGCAUUGCAUGUAUACAGAAAUUAACCUAUCAGUAAGGUUCCCAAAAAUUGCAUGUGUAUAGAAAUAAACGUAUUCGCUAAGUUUUCCAAAUUGCAUGUGUACAAAUUAAACGUAUACGCGAAGUAUCCCGGAAUUGCAUAUCAAAGAAAUAAACACAUUCGCGAGAUUACGGAUUUUUUUGCGGAAAUAAACGUAUUCGCGAAGAUUUUUAAAAUUGCAUGUGUACAGAAAUAAACGUCUCAACAAGUUUCCCAAACUUGCACUGACUUUGUGCACAUGAUGCACAUGGAAAUUCCGUGUUUAGAAUCCAACUUUUUACAAAAUUAAAGUAUUGUAAUAGGAAUCCCAUGAACACAUCGAUGUUUUUUUAUUGCCUGCAUUAUAACGAAAGUAAACGAAGUAACUUGCGCAUUUGAUGUAUAGCUGCUGGAUGUGAUGUUAAUCCUGUAAGGUGCUCUUUGUUUAAAACAAAUGUGUUAGGCACCUCACUAAAUUAAUUCUACUUAAAAUCUCAUAUGAAAAAUAAAAAUAUUUGCAGUUGAUCGGAAUAAAACACUUUUAUUGGACCCGAAAAGGUAAUGGUAGUUUUAGAGUUUCCGUUGGAAAUAACAUGCCUUUUUCAUAUCCGGCAAAGUUUGACCAUGAAUUUGGUGUCAUUUAAUGCAUACUCCUAGAAACAAAUAUAAAUGCUUUUUUGUGGAGAUCGAGUUAUUUUCAUUGUUAUCAUGUCAAACUUGCAAAUAUUGCAAUUAUUGCUUUCAAUUUUGAUGAAUUCUGACUUAUUCUAGAUGCGUUUUCUCUACAAAUUCGACAUCAAACACUUUAAGAGGGCAGGACUGUUCUACCAAGUCCGAUUAUCGUAUGCGACUUAAAACACUCUAGGUGGAUUGCAUGUGCAAAGAAAUAAACGUCCCAGCGUAGUAUCCCAUCAGUGCAUGUGUAUAAAAUCAGCAACAACAAAGUCUCCUUGAGAUUUCUCAUCGUCGGCAACCACGGUUAUGAGAGAUUAUCGAUGCAAAUAUACCUGCGGAGAUUUUGGUCUCUUGUAGCAGCACUUUGAUACCGUAACUAUUUGAAAUGAUACCGUACGCGACCUUCCUGCACAAACUAUAUAAAUUACUAAAGCGAGAAAGAUGACUGCGAGCAAUCCACAUGGCGAAGAACACUUCACAAGGAUAAUGAAAUAUUUGCACGAACCUGGAAGACUAUGCAUGAAAGAACUAGUAAUAAAACGGGCGUUUGACUUAAAGCCCACGGGAGUGACGUCUUGGGGUAUAGACGAAUUUCUGCAACACAAUAAGGCUAAAAUUAUACAGAAGAAAUGGAGACAUAAUAAAGAUGCAUUUUAUCCUCGAAGUGGCCGCCUUGAUUUAGACACAUUGGAUGUAUGUCGCCUUUGUUUUUUACUUUUUAAUGUCUGCAGUUUAAAAGGAGAAACCGAACUUGAAAAUAGUCUGAACGAGGUAAAGGACAUAAGAGACCAAAUUUCACAUCCCGGGCGAUUUUCACUUACACUACCAGAGUACACUUCAUUUAAACAAAGAUGUGACAGAUUCAUUGACUUGGCUUUGAAUUUUAUAAAGGAUGAUUCAUUUUCACGAAAAGUUAGACAAGAUGUAGCGUUGAUUGACAAACCAAUUUCAUUGGAGGUAAUUGGUGCAUACAAGAGCGUUCAAAGAGAAAUAGCUUGGAAAACUACUGAAGUACUGGAAGAAAUUCAAGAUUUCAGGAAGCAAUACAAAGAACACAGAGAAGACGAUAAAGAGCACAAGGCAGAGCAUGUCAGCUUUAUGGAAAAUCAAAAGAAGAGUUCUUGUGAAACGAAUACUAAAAUCGAACACCUUGGAGAUCAAGCAAAGCUGACGUUGGAAAAGCUGAAUUACUUAAUACAAUUGGAAAAAGUAGACGGCAGUGCAGUACGCGUGACAGGUACAACAGGAACGAUACUUUUCAAACAUUGUGACAAAGAACAGGAGAUGCGUUUGUCGGAGGCUGUUGCAAACAUGUUGAAACGUAGAGCUGCUAAUGCAUGUGAGAAUUGUCAAAACGUUUACAAGGCAGUCGAAGACAUGCGAAACACAGAAUACGGCCUCGUGUCGGGUGGAAAAAUAGCUUGUGUUCAAAUCGUAAUUCAGUGCCAGAAUUUGAAAAAACAACUGCAAUUAUUCGAUGAUGUUAUAUCUGGAAAAAUACAGCAUUGGAUAAAACCGCUCGAAUCUGCACUUAGAGAAGAUUUUGAUCUUCCAGAAUUAGAACUGGAGUUCAUUAUUGAUAGAGAUGACUUCUGGCAGUGUAUUAACAAAACUGUGGAAAUCAUCGAACGAACAAUGCUUGAAGAUUCCGGCUUUGGACAAUCUGACAGAUCACCAGAAGAUGGAUCUAGCGAUGACAACCAGGAAACAGAUAAUGGUGACGGGCAAGCAAUUGAAAACGAUACCGAAAGUACGGUAUUAGAAGUAAACUCAUAUGAGAGGAUACAUGAAGAAUAUGACCCAGUGAUCUGCGAAAACCAGCAUGAUGUAGGCAACUCAAUGACUCUUUUUCAGAAAGAUGUUCAUAAAACAGUUCACUUACAAGAUAAAGACAGUAUAGUCUUAGAAAUGAAGUCCAAGGAAGGGAUACACGACAAAAACGCUACAGUGAUCGGCGAAAACCAGCAAGAUACACAGAUACAAGAUGAAGGCAACUCAACGCCUCUUUUUCAAAAAUGUGUCCCUGAAACAGGAGACCUAGAUUUCUUGGAUGCUUGUCCUUGGCCUAUGCAAGUACAUGUUCAAAAUAGACAUGCAGUAUUCGAGUCUUUAUUCAAGGAUUUCCGACGUGAUUUAUUGAACUUUUACAAAAAACAGAUGUUAUAUCCGUUAUCCCCAUUGCUUGACAUAGACUGCGAUUUGGAAGAAUUUUAUGUCAAACCACGCAUUUCAAAAAUCUCUUACAAAAUGUUUGAACCAAAGACAACGGCAAUGCAUUAUCUUGCAACACUUGAUGAAAUAUUUGAGGACAGGAGCUCAGAUACGCAAUGCAUUUACAUCAAAGGUGAUCCGGGUGUUGGAAAAACAACGCUUUGUAAUUAUCUGACACGAUCGUGGUGUUCAACACAAAGGGAUGUAGUGGAAAGACAGCAGAACAAGACAAGAGGAGGUACUGCCUCAUGCUUAAAGAGUGACGCUCUGAGGCACUUCGACAUUACUUUUUUGGUAAAGUUAGGCGAGUUAAACGCAAGCUUUCAUGAUGUCAAAGCGAUAUUGAAAGAGUCAGUGAUUUGCGGAAUUCUCUCUUACCAAAAUUAUGACAGGGCAUUUCUUGAACAUGUUUUUGCUCAGAAAACAUGCUUAGUUAUACUCGAUGGAUUAGAUGAACUGCGAGCGCCUACUUAUUUGCAAUUGAUAAACGAACUCGACAAUAUAGUUGAAUCUGAGGAAACGACAAAUACGUUCCUUGUUACAUCUUCACAAGCGAUUUCGGAUCACUGGGAUUUUCAGUAUUUUUUGCUUGAAACAAUGGACACAAACUGUGCUCUUUGCUUGAUUCAUUCCGUUUGCUCACUCUUUCCCGAUUACAACCGUACGGCGCACUCGUUUCUACUGGAAGUGGCCCAAAACGACUUGCAGUGUAUGCUGACGAAUCCUCGUUACAUACUGCAGUUAUUAUCGCUUUGGUUUGCGAACCAGGAACUUGGAUCCUCCAGAUGUGAGGUCUACAGUAAUACCAUUGAGCUGCUGUUUUCAAAAGAACAUUCAAUGCACAAAAUACAGUAUCAGGGGAACAUAACGCAUACUCAUUCAACGCUUCCAAACUGUUUCAGUAAAACUCAGCUCUGUCAAGCUCGUUCAAAGUUGUUGCUAGACCUUUCACAAAUAGCAUUUGCAUCGUUGUUUGAUGGAUUCAACUUGCCAAUCAAACCUGCGUAUAAAGGUCAACUGAACGAGGAAGACGAAAAUUUUGCUUUGAAAACAGGAAUUGUUGGCAAAUUAGUAGGCGGAGAACGGGUUUUCAGUUUUAUGGACCAAACGGUAAAGGAGUUCCUUGCUGCUAUCCAUUUUUGGGCAUUUGAAGAAGACAUCAAGUACCUUAUGACAUGCACCCCAGGAUAUAAUCGGAAUAUUGUUUUGACCAGAGAACUAUUUUGCUUCAUAUGCGGAAUGAACAAAUCAGUUGGCGAAUACAUUUCAAAGAUAUAUUCACAUGUCUGCGUACAAGACAUGUGUUCUGAAGACAUUAUAAGGCCAGAAUCAGUCGACAAAUUGUUAAAGAGUACACUGGACGCUUGGCAAGAAGCCAAACCAGAUGUUGAUCACUUCAUAUUUAGUGUUGCAAAGGUGACAGGCACACCAACAAAGAACACAUGGCAAACACAGAAAAGAAAACAUAUAGCUUUCCUUUCAUUCGAGAACAUAUCUACGACCGAAAUGUACGAAUAUUUGAUAGAUCUCUGUUGUAUUUCGCUCUCGUACAUAAAUAUUCAGUCAUCAGUGAAGACAAUCAUAAAGCCGACGUUUUUUGAUAGUUGCAUUAAUUUGCACACACUUUAUGUCCAUAACAUAGAAAUAAAUGGAAUGCUUGAUCUCUCGUCAUGCCGAAGUCUGUCCGCGUUGACUCUAAGAAAUGUAGAUGCUCAAAACAUCGUCAUAUUCGAUAAACGUAUAGCUGUGUUAUGCCUUGAUAUUUUGGAUGACAUGUAUUUCGCCAAAGCACUCAACAAGGAUCAUUUAACGAGGUAUUCAGUGUUUCAUGAACAAGGAUAUCUAAAACUUUUAAAGAGCGGGAACGUGGGUGACAAAGCUGAAAUAAACACACAAUAUUUGCCCGUCAUCGGCAAGUCAAAUAAGCUAGACUUCAUCGCCGGAUUGUAUAAGUUGCACGAGCUCUCACUGGUGCAUAUUGAGAUUUAUGACUGUCUUGAUCUCUCUUGUUGUAAACAAUUAUCUGCUCUUACGGUGUCUGAUGUGCGAGUGCCAAAGAUAAUUAUAAACGCCGAAAACAUCGCAAAACUGUGCAUUAAUUUUCGAGGUGAAUUGGAGCAAACUUCACGAUUCUCAAAACGACUGAAAUGUCUUGUUAUUGAACAUGCCAAUCUUGUGUUGGCUUUAGAUCUUAUAAACUGCACACAUUUACAAAUGUUACAUUUGAGAAACGUCGAUUUGAAUUCCAUGUCCCUUAAACAACACGCGAUACAAGUAUGUUCAUUAUAUGGUCGUGUUGGCACUUCUAACUGUGGAUGGAAGUCGGUUUUAAAGUCUCUUGAAAUGUCAAAAAACUUGCGCCAAUUGACGGUCUAUCAAGUGCCUAGUGACGUGUUACCAAUUCUUCGAAAUUUAGCGUUGUUUUAACACUAUGUUUAAAAUGACAUGUUUACACUUAGCAUAUACAGAAAUGUGUUUGAAUCGUUAACAGCAUUUAUAAAAAAAGUCAUUAGAUAGGUUGUACUUAAUAUCGCAAAUAUAGACAUAGCUUAGUGAUUAUGGCAAUUUUGCGAAUAUGCUGUUAUUAGAUAUUUAACUACCAGUUCUUUCACACACAUAUUCCAUUCAUCUUGUAUACUAGUUUGUGAUUUUUUGUGAUAUGUUAUAUUAAGACGUGUUAAUAGCAUAAUCCAGUUUUGUAUUUAGUGAGAUCAUUAUGAAUAUCAAAUAUGAUAUAUAGAGGAUACCUGCUUGUUUCAGUGUAAUAUUGCAACAUAUUUCACCGAGUGAGCACCAAAAGCUAUAUUUAAUGAGAGGUUAAAUAUCUUGCGAUCUUUGAACAUUUGACCCAGCCCUAUAUUCGCUGAUGUUUGAUUCGAAUAUAAUAACGGGCUUAAAUUUGAAGACAAGAAAGAAUAUUUUGAAUUGUUAAUAUUUUAAGAUGUGUUUUAAUGAGCAUCGGCAAAUGUUAAAAAAUAAAUUACUGCACUAUUUUCAAAAGAUGUGGGAAACGUUUUUCAUUCUUUGGAAAUGUUGUUUUAUGUAAUGCUAUCAUUUGGCAGAAUCACUCAUAACCAAACAUUUAGAAACACUUUAUCUCUGUCUUUAGAAUACAAUCAACAUUUUUAGCCAAUGAAAUGGCAGCUGCUGCCACUCAUCCGGUAUAUACCUUAUGUGCCAAUCUUGCGCUGACAAUGUGUCAGCCAUUGAUUUUGUGUUCUAAGUCAGUUAGAUGACAUUAAGCUAUGAUUAAGAAGGGUCCGUUCGAUAUUUUCACUCCGCCCAUUCUUUAUCAUUAAUAUUUUACUUCAUGUCAUCUAACUAUAACGAGGCGUUUAUGUCUCGCGUUCAGCCUUAUUUGCCCCUUACCUUGUGCCUCUAAACAACGUUUAUAAAUGCAAUGUUUGACUACUGGGCUUGUCCCUGUAGUUUCAUAUAUUGUCACUACUAACUUAUCUUUAUAUGUAUAAUCUUUAUAAAUAUAGGAUGUCAGAGUAAAAAUAACUUUACAAAUAAUAUGCGGAAAACUGCAGUUAUUCCAGAUAGUUGUUGUUUAAACGUAUUUUUGUGUGAACAUUUUAAUACUUGCUCACAAUAGCAUGACAUAUGUGACGGAUAGAUAUAUAACGUAUGUUUUACAAAAGAGUUUGUACAAUUAAGUCACGCAAACGAACAGUACCAAUAAACUCGUUACAUUAUACUAUCGACCAAAAUGCCGUCUUUUGAUUAUAAAAAUGUGUGAUGCGCUCAUCAUUUCGAAAAAGGUAGAAGUUGCGAAUUAAUAUUUGCACUUAUAGCUGUCAGUACAAAGAAAUGUUGCAGCUAUUCUUAAUCUCUUAAACUUGAAUAAUGCACCAGUACCUGGAUACUAAAAGCAGUCCACUAGCAAGUAGCGUUUCGCAACCUCUCAAUUGCCUUACAUAUGUAGUGUAAGUUGUUAUUGACCAUUUAGUCAGGUCAAUUAAGGAACUAAAUCUUCAACAAAUACUAGUUAAAUUACGUUUAAGGGUUAACUUUCCUGACAUCCCUAUUUUUUUGUUUUAGAAGACAAUAAAGUUAUGAGAUAAUUUCUUUGCUAAAUCAAUGCGCAAACUCAUGGACAUAAUAAGGAAAAUACCUGUACAUUGUCAUUGUAUUACACGAGUGAGUUAACGAUUCGGAUGUACAAUUGGUGAAAUCUUAAUUUCUGGUGAUCCAUAAUUUGUUGAAAAGCGUUAAAAGUGUUAAUGAAGAACAUCUUCUUUUCUGAAAAUAAAAAUAUUUAAAACACGUUGGUUUGACAUUGAAAACAUCGAUAUAUAUUAGGUCCGAUUUUUGCUGAAAUAAAGAAAAAUAAUACAAACUGCCAUGAUUUUAUCUCUUAUGUAUUUUUGGUCAAAUAUUUUACAUUUAAGUUAUCAGUAACCAUUGCACUUUAAAAUCAUACCAAAUUCCAUGGAGUCACCAGGUACCAACAAUUAAAACUAUUGCCAAUAGCAUGAUUAAAUGGCAGGUUUAUUUAUAUAUUUGACACUAAAAGUGGGUCUGCAGAUCUACUUAAAAGUUUUCGAUUUUUAUAUAUAUUAAAGCGUGCUCAAUUACAAACCCAAUGUUGUUGAAUAUGACUUAUGUCUAGACAAAUGAUUUUACAUUAUCAAUAGUAUAACAUGUUGGAAUGUGUUUGAGUUUAUUUCUAUACAUGUAUGAAUUAUUUGCAAUAAAUAAAUAUCUUCGAUAUA